AUGAAUACUAUGGAAAUGCCAGAUUUGUCGAAUGCCAUUGUGGCUCAAGAUGAAAUGGGAAGACCCUUCAUCAUCGUCAAGGAUCAAGGUAAUAAGAAAAGACAACAUGGUCUUGAAGCUAAGAAAUCACACAUCUUAGCUGCCAGGUCCGUCGCAUCCAUUAUUAAAACAUCCUUGGGUCCUCGUGGACUGGACAAAAUUCUAAUAUCUCCAGAUGGUGACAUCACUAUCACUAACGAUGGUGCUACCAUCUUGUCUCAAAUGGAAUUGGAUAAUGAAAUCGCAAAAUUAUUGGUACAAUUAUCUAAAUCCCAAGAUGAAGAAAUUGGGGAUGGGACGACUGGGGUAGUUGUUCUUGCCAGUGCUUUAUUGGACCAGGCUUUAGAAUUAAUCGAAAAGGGUAUUCAUCCGAUCAAGAUUGCUAAUGGGUUUGAUGAAGCAGCUAAAUUGGCCAUUAACAAACUAGAAGCAACCUGUGAUGAUGUCAUGUCUGGAGAAAACUUUAAUGACUACCUUUACAAAGCAGCAAAGACCUCCCUAGGUUCCAAAAUUGUCUCUAAGGAUCAUGAUAAAUUUGCACAAAUGGCAGUAGAUGCCGUUACUAGAGUCAUGGAUAAGGAAAGAAAAGACGUGGAUUUUGAUCUGAUCAGAUUACAAGGUCGUGUUGGUGGUUCCAUAAAGGAUUCACAACUGAUUAAUGGUGUUAUACUUGAUAAAGAUUUCUCCCAUCCUCAAAUGCCUAAUGAAGUGUUGCCAAAAGAUGGUAAAGAUGGGGUUAAAUUAGCCAUAUUGACAUGCCCAUUUGAACCACCAAAACCAAAGACUAAGCAUAAACUAGACAUAUCUACUGUAGAAGAAUAUCAAAAACUACAAACUUAUGAACAAGAUAAAUUUAAAGAAAUGAUAAAAUUCGUAAAGGAUGCAGGUGCUGAUGUUGUUAUUUGUCAAUGGGGGUUCGAUGAUGAGGCAAAUCAUUUACUAUUACAAAAUGAGCUUCCAGCUGUCAGAUGGGUAGGUGGUCAAGAACUAGAACAAAUUGCUAUUUCCACUAAUGGUAGAAUUGUUCCCAGGUUCCAAGAUUUAACAGCAGAUAAAUUAGGUACAUGUGGUAAGAUUUAUGAAAUGGAAUUUGGUACCACCAAAGAGCGUAUGCUAGUCAUUGAACAAUGUUCGGAUUCUAAGACCGUGACUUGUUUUAUCCGUGGGUCAAAUAAGAUGAUUGUCGAUGAAGCUCAACGUGCUCUUCACGAUUCAUUAUGUGUGGUACGUAAUUUAGUAAGAGAUUCUCGAGUCGUCUAUGGUGGUGGUGCCGCUGAAGUAACAAUGUCAUUAGCAGUUUCAGAAGAAGCUGACAGACAACGUGAUAUAGAUCAAUAUGCAUUCCGUGCCUUCUCACAAGCUUUAGAUACCAUCCCAAUGACUUUAGCAGAGAAUUCAGGUUUAGAUCCAAUUGAAACUUUGUCGACUUUGAAGAGUAAACAAAUUAAGGAAAGCUUAUCUACUAUCGGUGUGGACUGUUUAGGUAAAGGUACCAAUGAUAUGAAAGAACUAUUCAUUGUUGAUCCCUUUAUUGGUAAGAAACAACAAGUUCAAUUAGCUACCCAACUUUGUAGAAUGAUCUUAAAAAUCGAUAACGUUAUCAUAAGCGGGAAAGAUGAAUACUGA